UUCUUGGAGAGCCAUUCUAAACAGAGCGCUCCUCGUCAAUUUCACCGCUUUACUCGUCGAAAGCCGGUCACUGGGAAAAAGAAGAUAGACGCUACAAGCCCCUUUUCCACUCCUCGCAAAGUUUUCGUCGAAAACGGAGAGUUAGGCGAGCAUAGAUAAGCUUAACCCUAGUCGUUGGGGCGAAACUUUUACGUCGAAACUCCGACGGCACGCCAUAGGAGCCCUAGAGAGCGAAAACUGUCGGAGCCGAGCGCUAUAUACUCAUCACAAAACGGAGGACUUCGCCCUUUGGAAAGUCUCUCGAAGUUGGCCUAUAUAUUAGUCCUAUCACCAUAGUCGGAAUCUGCCUCGAUUACAUCCCAUCAACGUCCGUCAAAACUGUUAACGAGCGAAACCCUCGGCCUAAGACGAUCACCUCGACCGGUAGGGGCUCCACAAAGGGAGCCCAGUUGGCUAAUCAUUUGAACUACGAUCGGGGAGGGAGAUACUAGCAAUGGCCAGCCCAGUAUCGACGAUGGGAGGGCGGAGUACCAGCAACAGAGGCAUCAUCAGCACGAGCAAUGCGAAAGCCGUACCAACGCUCUCCACCACACCAAACAAGCCAUCACCGCAACGACGCCCAUCACGACAACCAACAACAGGGCUAUCAAGUUCACCCGGCAACAAAGUCGCGUCGCUCGGGAAAUCCGCAGAUGCGCCGAUGCCUACUUCCCCAGUCAGAGUCAUCCGUGCAGCGCCUACCGUCCUGCGAAAGGUCUCUACCGAUUCUUCUGAGGACACAGGAAGCUCAGGCGUUAAUUUGAAGGCAGGAAAGAACGGGUCCAUACGGCCCAAGAUACCUGCGGCUCUCGACCGAGUCGCGUCUACGACGUCGGUAACCUCGUCUGGAACGUUUGGCGGCACAUCGCCGACGUCCAGCGUGUUCUCGACACCGAAUGGGUUCAAGCGACCAGUAACCACGGCGAGUAAAACGACGAUCCCGACUACGGCGACGAUAAAAGUGAAGCUGCCAAGUCAUAUGCAGAGAUCGAACACCAAGCCCGCCAGUCCCGGUGGCUCCCCGAAUGCAACUCUCACGAACACUGUUACAAGUGCCGUACAUCUUCCUCUGGAUAUCGCGUCGGCGGCCGAGGGUACACCCGAUCGGUGUAAACAUUGUCGGUCGACGGCUCGAUCACUUGAUCCGGUGGAGUUGGGGAUACAGGCGAAUGAUAAAGCCGUGCGGAAGAUUAUGGACUUGGAAAUCGCAAACUCCUCCUUAUUGGCGGUCAACACGUCGCUCGAGAACACGAUUCGUCAACAGGCACAGGAGAUGGAAGCUAUGCGGAGAGAAGCUGCGAGAUUGAAGGAGCAAGCAACGGACGCGCAGAACGAAGGCCCACGAAUAGAUACCCCCAGUACGCCUCUAAUGGCGUCAACCACAUUCGAAACCGGUGCUAACGGUACCAGCCUGGCCGCCCUUCCAUCGACCGCGAAGUCGUCAACUCCGGCGGGGCACACUGAAUCAGAAGCGGAGACUGCCCUGGAUUCUGUGGAACAUACUUAUGCACGCAUCCACGCUCUCAUGCAGCUCAUGUUGACUGAUUGCAAGAACUGUCUCCUGUACACACCGCCGGUUCACCCGUCUGCUGCCGCGACGGUGACGGUGGUCGUGCCUACGCAUGCGAUCGACAUCGAAACACAAGCCCGUCAAGCCCUCGCGCGCAAAGACAGCCAGUCCGGAAUACAAAAACCGCCCGUGGUCCUGCAGACCAUCACCGCACGUCAACCAAAACUCCCCACCAAAUCCCGAUCAAAGCCCUCAGAUACCGAUUCCCAGUCUUCCCGCACAUCGCCUGUAACCCCGACCGAGGACGCGCAUGAAUUCACUACGGGCGGGCAUAGGACGCCAGGUCGACGAACCAGGACCGCGAGCGGGUCCGACCUUUCUGUGGAUACAUCUGGAAACGCCUUAGCGCGGUCAGGGCAACCAGACGACGACCCCUCAAAGAACCAUGACACCGACCUCCCCACCGCCGCCGACCUCCAACAAUCCACGCUUACCCCUACCACCCGCCGCAAAUCCAUCUUAAUGCCCCCCGUAGUCGAUUCGCCCACCCAUCCAUACCUAGACGACCCGUACUUCCUCGUCGCGGAACGCGAACGUGAACGUGAACUGGAACGGGAACGGCGGCGGGUGUGGGGGGAUACACCGCCACGGGUGAAAGCGGCACCGAGGGGGUUGAGGGCGGGGUAUGGGAGUGUGCGUGCGGGUGGGGCAGCGGCGCCAUAUGGGUUUGCGGCGGCGAGACCGUAUGCGGGUGGUGGUGGAGGGGCGACGAUGGUGUCGCCGGGGUCGGUGCAUAUUAGGGCCAGGCCGGAUGAUGUUGCGUCGCUUUUGUCGGAUUUUUGAGGGGAGGUGGAGGUUGAGGGAAGUGCAGGCGGCCGCGGCCUUUGCUAGGGCGUGACGGUUGCAUCUCGGACUCGGGGUGGGGAUACCGCGAAAGCCCAUCGUUUAAGCCGUGGAAGUGCUCGGAUGAAUAACAUGACUUUGCAAUAUCACUCCAAUCCACGUUAUCGGUUAGCGGAACACAUUGGAACUGCUGCCCCCACCAUAAGCACGGGUCCUUCAAGAUCCGGCGAGCCACACCAUACAUCAAGGACGGCGAUCAGAUGGCCGCGGAUAAGCCAUUCCACAUACUUACUCGGAGGAGGCGGCACCCGGUUGUCUCCAAUCUUCACACCCACACCGCAUCAACGGCAUCUCGACACCCACGCCCUACACAGCAUGUGAUGGCGAUUAUGAGGAGAACUGUGAU